ACGGGAAGGGGAGGGCCCGUGGGCGCGGCGAGGUGGCCUGUCGCGACGGCCCCGGGCGGGAGGAGGAGGCCGCGCCAUGGCGCCGCCGCUGGCCUGGCUGCUGCUGGCCUGCCUGCCGGCCGGUUGCCUCUCCCUGCUGGUGACAGUGCAGGAUACUGAGCGUUACACCACCUUAUUUGCCAGUAUUACCCUCAAGUGUGAUUACAGUACUUCAGCCCAGCUGCAGGACGUAGUGGUGACCUGGCGCUUCAAAUCCUUCUGCAAGGACCCCAUCUUUGAUUACUACUCAGCCUCGUACCAAGCCAGUUUAGCUCUUGGCCAGGACCCGUCUGAUGACUGCAAUGAUGUCCAACGAAAGGUGCGCAUUGUCAUCCAGAAAUAUGGGCAGAAUGAGCCUGUGCUGGGUGUUGACUACCGGCAACGAAAGAUCACCAUCCAGAACCGGGCAGACCUUGUUAUCAGUGAAGUCAUGUGGUGGGACCAUGGUGUAUACUACUGCACUGUGGAAGCACCAGGAGAUACCUCAGGGGAUCCGGACAAAGAAGUUAAGCUAAUUGUUUUACACUGGCUCACAGUACUCCUCAUCGUCCUCGGUGGCCUCCUCCUCCUCCUGCUGAUUGGAAUAUGUUGGUGCCAGUGCUGCCCCCAGCAUUGCUGCUGCCACAUCCGGUGUGUCUGCUGCCCAACCCGGUGCUGCUGUAAUGAGAAAGUACUGGAACAGCAUCGAUUCAUGAAGCAGGCUCAGGCAUUUGCACCGUGGAUGUUACCUAACAUGUUCUAUGGAGGUGCUGAUAGGAACUCACAACUUUCCUCUUAUCAGCUGAACCCUCUACUGCAACAAGAUGUGUCUCUGCAGAACAGUAUUCCACUGGUGCAGCCACAAGCUCGACUUUCCCCUAACAAAGGUGUUUUGGACUAUCUGGAGUCUGAAAUCCAGAACCUUAACCCAUCACAGCCCCGGCCACCCUCCAACCAGCGGCAGGCAGUGCAGCCCAGCUUACUGUCCUCCCUGGGCAGCGACAUCAUGCAGCGUGGCACAAACGGUCUUCCUCCUCUCACUGGUCAUGUUUCUUCUUCCCAUGGGAGCAGCAACUCCUCACGUCCACAGAGAACUACCCACAGCCCCAGAACUUGGGACUCCAUAGCAGAGAACAGGAGGGAAGAUCGGAGGUGGCCCUUGCCUUCCAGUGAAGAUUCUCGUUCCAGCUACAGUCGGGAAUCCCGGGACAGGCAGCGAGAUGACCAUCCUCCAAGGCAGAGGGCAGGCGGCUAUGAUCACAGGCCGCAGCACUCCAGGCGGGAUGUGUCACCCACCCGCCAGACUGAGAGAGGAAAAAGCAGCAGCAGCAGCUGCAGUUUCUAUUCAGAGGAGGCCAAGGAGCACUCUAGCCACCAUCGUGGCCGGAGACAGCAGUCUGCAGUGAGGCGAGAGUACCAGCAGCACACCAGGAACAGCAAUAACUCGAGGCACCGGCGGCACAGCUACUCUCCCCCAUCUCGACGGGGAUCAUGGAGCUCCUCAGAAGAGCAAAUCCAUCUCCCAGCGACAAACCGCAGGCGGCACAACCGGUCUCGGGAAUGGCCAGAAGAUAAACCUCCCAGUUAUCGCUCGCUAGAAAUCAUCCCAGAUCGGGACAGCAAGCACAGAGAGGGUGCAGGGCCACGCUCGGACAGAGGAAGUUCCUAUAGUGCAAGAAGCAUUGUCAUUUAAUGCCAGUACUGAAAGAAUGAAGAUUCACACUGAACUCUUUUUAGCUAUUUUUACUAUAUAGUUGGGAUGACUGCUUUUGAUUGAACCAGCAAAGGGAAAACAAACAGAAGAUGAAACUACUUUUGAAGAAGAUAUGUCUAGUGGACAUGAAAGCGAUAUAUAGCCCAUAUUUGUUCCUACUUUGAUUUGGAAACUUAGGUUUGUGAUGGGCUGAAAACAUGCUAUUGGAUACAGCAAAUGUUUUUAAUAAACAAUUUAUUCCCAGAGAUAUCAAUUGCCUUUGUUAGGUAGGUACCCUGACACUAGAAGCAGUAGUAGAGUAUGUAGAAUGCUGAUCCUUUGGGCACCAGUUACUGGAGAAGGGCUCUGAUAAUCACAGAGAUGUAAAGUCACAGGACAGUAGAGUAAUUUAGGUUGAAAGACAGCUCUGGAGCUCAUCUGACCCAGUCACCUCAGAAGUUGGUGUAGAGAGGCAUAGCAUUUCCUUUCUGAGCCCCUCUAAUGUACUUCAGAAUUAUUUGAUGCUUGCUGCUUCUGCCUGGCUUUUCAGUGUAGUGUAAGCAGUUGCUCCCCUCCCUGAUCCCAAACAGCAGAAUUCCAGUUUUAGAAGGAUGUAGAAGUCUUACUAAGGGCUCACUGCAAUCUGCAAAUUGCCAGCUUGUCUGCCCUAUACUGACUGAAAACCCCGCUCUACAUUAAGCUUAGACUUUAGUACCUAAAAAGAUGCUUGUUCUAGCCUUUAACACAGACUUGAAUUUAUGUGUAAAUGUAAUGAGCUAGAUUUACCAAAGCUUGGUCAUCCCCACAGGAACUGAGCUUGUUAUGACUACUAUCUUUCAUACUGUAGACCAGAACUUCCUUCAACUCUAGGAAGCAUAACUUUGUUGGAUGUAUGUUUCCUGGGCCAUAUACUCAUUUUAUGUUCUCCCUUUGCCCUCUCUAACAUGUGUUAUACACAUGGGGUGGGAUAAAGGGCUCUGAAGAGGCCUAACAAUUUUUACUAUUAUUCUCUUGAUCUUUACCCUGACACAAAUCAAUUCUGAAUGCAUGAUGUAUCUGAUCUUAUCUACAUGGAGGGGUUUUCUCAUCCCUUCCCUUGCAAAUUGAAUGCAGAAUUUCUAGAAUUCCUUAAGACUACCUGCAAAGGAGAAAAGCUUGCCAUUUUUCCUUGAUGUGAUUCAUCCAUCCACUGUGAUCAUUUAAAAUGUACUGGAAAACUUGAUGUUCUCUGGGUGCUAUAGUUACAUGCUGGAUGCAUGCACAGGAAACAGGCUUGCCAAAGAUAUUCUUGGAUUCAAGAAACUCAAUUGUUGACAGGGAGCUUUAGGAGCAUCUUGUGAAUAAUUUUGAGACACUAGAGUCUGGUGAGUGUCAGUUACUGUACUGUCCAGCUUAUUUCCCUGCCAGUGCCAAAACUGAAAUCCCAAGAUGGUAGCGUGAAAAAGAACUUGCUUUCCUUUCAUGUUCCAAUACAGUCCAGUAAGUUUCCCCAAGAGUAGGAACUCUCUCAGACAGCAAGAAAAUUGUGUGUAAGAGCAGCAGCAGUUGUAGCAUGAGCAUGUCAUCCAGAGGGACCUCGACAAACUGGAAAGAUGGGGCGUUGUGAACCUAAUGAGGUUCAACAAAGCCAUGUGCAAGAUUUUGCACUUUGGUUGAGAUAAUCCCAGAUAUCUAUACAGACUGGGAGAAGAACUCCUUGAGAAUAGUCCUGCUGAGAAGGAAAACUGAAAUGGUACCAGUUUUGGUAAGAUCUGGUCACAAACCACUGUGGUUCAUAAAGCACUGAUUAGUGGUCUAUGAAGUAAUUAAAAAGGAAACCUAUUAUACAUACUUCGCAACUGCGAGCAGACAGAAAAGUAGGAAGGAAAUAGGCUACUCUUUGAAUGCAUAUUUCUAUUUUUAAUUGGUUAAAAGUGAAAGCCUUUGCAAUGGCACUGCUCAAUACUAUGUAGACUUUAUUUAACAGUGAGAUUACUAGGCCUUUGACUUUUUAAAAGAGAGAGAUUAAGUUUGGCAGCUGAAAUACUACACAGUGAAAGAACAGUAGGGAAUAGUUGAGCUUCAUUCUUUCUAGGUUGUAAUUUUCUCAUUUUUAAUUUUUUAGCCAUUCCAAAGGGCUGAUGUUUCUGUGUCACCCAUUUGCGUUGAAAGAAAUAAAUGUGAUUUCAUAUGUGAGUUAUUUUAGACUUUUGUUUCUUCCUGCUAUGCAGGUGAGGGAAUAUACCUUGCACCCAAUGAAUUUUGUGUAUGAAAGUGCCUAGAUAGCCACUGGAGUUAUUCAUGUUAAAAUAAAGAAUAGGUGACUAUGCCACAUGGAACAGAUGAGAUCUGCUGCUCAUGUCAGCUGCUUUCCACCUCAAACCAAAGAUUCAUUUGAUUUUAAAAAGGAUUGCAAUACCUGGCUUCCUUGCUUAUUUGCAGAGCACUCUGCCAUUCCAGGAAUGAAGGGCAAGGACUGCUUGUGCAAUCAUCGAUUUGGGCUUGGCAAUUGCCUGUUUGGCAGUAGAAAGCACUGAAAGGCCCUGUUGCUACCUGUGGGAUUGUAUUCAUGACAGCACUGGAUAAAGUUAGACAACCUUAGCAGGAAUUAAAGUUACCAUAACACAAAGCUCUUCAGAGGUACAUAUUACUACAUAGGGCAGCUAAAUUCCCUUUGUUUUACUACCUCAGGCAGCACAUCACUUUAAAACACACCCUUAAUAUGGCCAGAGACUGCCAUUUGUUGGCCUGACUUAGAAGAGAGAUCACACUUGAGGUUAUAUUAAAUUCACCCCUACAAGUAAUGACUGCCUGUUGCUAUUUCUGUUAACUUGAAUGUCUAUAAUGUGUCUUGUACUGGUUUUCUGAACGUUACUUCAGCUUUAAAAGCAGGCAGUAAAUCUGUGGAAUCCCCUUAAUGACUGUAGAAUGUAUAAUUAAAACA